CAAGUAACAAUGUAACUUACAUGCAGUCACACACCCCUUUUUUCUUGUAACAAUGUGUACGUUUUUAAGGAGGGAGGGGGCGCGCGGAGGGAGAAAGAGAGACGGGGAGAGAUAGAGAAAGGAGGAGGGGGGUGCGUUCUGAAAUAAUAUAGUCAGCCAUUUUUUAUGUAAGGGGAUUUUUUCUUAUUGGGGGGGUUGUUAAAAAAUAAAUAUAAGAGGGCGGCCAUCUUUGUUGCUCUGCCUAGUGUAAAAUAUUUCAAAACGCCCCCCACUUUUUUCUGUGCCGAUUUGAAUAUUAAAUAAAUAUCACACAUUCGCGCAAGAAUACGCUUUUUUUGAAUACAAGGACGGAGCCAAUGACAGGGAUAUAAUGUCCUCUCCUCUCCGGUCCUGUGAGGAAGACGAGGGCAUGGUGGUUAAUUCCGAGGGAGGAGAUUUUGAUGAAGAAGACGACGACGGAGACCUAGACGAGAACGCAAGCGACAUAAACUCGCCGGCGGCGCCUCGGGAAACUGCAACACCAGCCGCGCCAGACGAGGAGCCGGAGAUAUCAGACAGAGAGGUCCCCUGCAGGAAGAAAGGCCGGCCGAAGAAAAAGAAGGACACAAAGAAGAAAGACAAGGAGGGGAAACCUGUAAAAGCGAAAAAACGCAAGAAGAUCGACAGCGAUGUAGACAGAGACUCAGACAGAGAGAGGGACUACGGCGAGAACUCGGACAGCGUAGCCAGCGACUAUGGAUCCGGAGAGAAGAAGAAAAAGAAGAAACAUAAAGAAAGGAAGGAGAAGAAGACCAAGAAGAAGAAAAAAGACGAUGGGGACCGAGACAGCAGUCAGGAGGAAACGACAAAGCAACCGAUAGAGCAGAAGACCUCGGCCCAGCUGGCGAAGGAGUGGGGUCUGGAGGAUGUUGAUCAUACCUUCACGGAGGAGGACUACAGGGAACUCACCAACUACAAAGCCUUCAGCCAGUUCAUGAGGCCGAUGAUAGCCAAGAAGAAUCCUAAGAUCCCCAUGUCGAAGAUGAUGACCAUCCUGGGGGCCAAGUGGAGGGAGUUCAGCUCUAACAACCCCUUCAAGGGCAACGCUGCUGCCGUCGCGGCGGCUGCUAGCCGCUGCUGCAGCCGCCACCGAUCAGAAAGGCCAAGACGAAAGAGGGCAAAGGCCCAGGCUAUAAGAAGCGCAGUAAAAGUCCUCGAGUCCCAGACAAGAAAAAGGCUGCAGCGAAGGCUAAAAAGAUGGCACCCAUUCGGAUCAAACUAUCGCCUAUUGGUGCCAAGAGGAAGAAGAGUUGUUCAAGCGACGAUAUGGACGAGGAUGAGUCCGAGCAGGAGGACUCCAGCGUCCACAGCUCCUCGGUUCGCUCUGAUAGCUCCGGCCGCGUCAAGAAGAACAAGCGAGGACGACCCGCCAAGAAGAAGAAGAAAAGUAUCCCAGGUGAAGAGGAGGGGGACGGCUAUGAGACGGAUCAUCAGGACUACUGCGAGGUGUGUCAGCAGGGCGGAGAGAUCAUCCUGUGCGACACCUGUCCUCGAGCUUACCACCUCGUCUGCCUCGAGCCCGAGCUGGACAAGGCCCCCGAGGGCAAGUGGAGCUGCCCGCAUUGCGAAAAAGAGGGAAUCCAGUGGGAAGCUAAGGACGAGGACUUUGAGGAUUUUGAGGAGGAUAGCGAGGACAGAGUGAUAUCAGAGGUCGGCGCAGGGAUCCCCACCGGGGCGGAGGAGGAGGAUGACGACCACAUGGAGUUCUGUCGGGUGUGUAAAGACGGAGGGGAACUGUUGUGCUGCGACACCUGCACCUCCUCCUACCACAUCCACUGUCUAAACCCGCCGCUGCCAGAGAUCCCCAACGGAGAGUGGCUGUGUCCACGAUGCACGUGUCCGCCAAUCAAGGGACGUGUCCAGAAGAUCCUCCACUGGCGAUGGGGUGAACCUCCGCCUCCCAUCCCCGUUCCCCCAGCUCCCGACGCCCCACCUGACGCCCCCCUGCCGCCACCCAUGAAGGGCAGAGCCGAGAGGGAGUUCUUUGUCAAGUUGACUGGGCAGUCCUAUUGGCACUGUACCUGGAUCACUGAGCUACAGCUGGAGAUCUUCCACUCGGUGAUGUACAGAAACUACCAGAGGAAGACGGACAUGGACGAGCCCCCCAGCCUGGAUUACGGGUCUGGCGGGGAGGACGAGAACGGCGUGGGAAAGAGCGAGAAGAGGAGAGCCAAGGACCCUCAGUACGCCAUCAUGGAAGACAAGUACUACAGAUAUGGCAUCAAGCCUGAGUGGAUGUUGAUCCACCGCAUCAUCAACCACAGCGUGGAUAAGAAGGGGACCUACCACUACCUGGUCAAAUGGAGAGACCUGACCUAUGACCAGUGUACCUGGGAGAGAGAUGACAUGGACAUCCCAGAUUUUGGUAUUUACAAGGCCAACUACUGGAGACACAGAGAUACAAUAAUGAAGGAGGACCCAGACAAACCCAGGAGGAUGAGGAGCAAGAACCAGGAGGGUGAAGAGGAGUCUCCCGCCUCACCGGUCACUGAUCCUACAAUAAAAUAUGAGGAGCAGCCAGACUUUGUCACAUCGACGGGCGGGACGCUGCACCUGUACCAGCUGGAGGGUCUGAACUGGCUCCGGUUUUCUUGGGCUCAGGGCACAGACACCAUCCUGGCGGACGAGAUGGGCCUUGGCAAGACCAUCCAGACAAUCGUCUUUCUCUACUCACUCUUCAAAGAGGGUCACACUAAGGGUCCGUUCCUGGUCAGCGCUCCACUCUCUACCAUCAUCAACUGGGAGAGGGAGUUUGAGAUGUGGGCGCCAGACUUCUAUGUGGUGACGUACACGGGAGACAAGGACAGCCGAGCCAUCAUCAGAGAGAACGAGUUCUCUUUUGACGACACGGCUGUCAAAGGAGGGAAGAAGGCCUUCAAACUGAGGAGAGAGGCUCCCAUCAAAUUCCAUGUGCUGCUGACCUCCUACGAGCUGGUGACCAUCGACCAGACGGCGCUCAAGUCCAUCGACUGGGCCUGUCUGGUGGUGGACGAGGCUCACCGGCUGAAGAACAACCAGUCCAAGUUUUUCAGGCGUCUGAAUGACUAUAAGAUCGACCACAAGCUGCUGCUGACAGGAACUCCUCUACAGAACAACCUGGAGGAGCUGUUUCACCUGCUCAACUUCCUCAACCGCUUCAAUAACCUUGAGGGCUUCCUGGAAGAGUUUGCUGACAUCUCUAAGGAGGACCAGAUCAAGAAGCUCCACGACCUGCUGGGGCCUCACAUGCUGCGGAGGCUGAAGGCCGACGUCUUUAAGAACAUGCCCGCCAAAACCGAGCUGAUUGUCCGAGUGGAGCUUAGCCCCAUGCAGAAGAAAUACUACAAGCUCAUUUUGACCAAGAACUUCGAGGCUCUGAACUCGAAAGGCGGAGGAAACCAGGUCUCCCUGCUCAACAUCAUGAUGGACCUAAAGAAGUGCUGCAACCACCCCUACCUCUUUCCUGUCGCCUCCAUGGAAGCACAAAAAACCCCCAAUGGUGCUUACGAAGGAUCGGCCCUCACUAAGGCCUCUGGGAAACUGAUGCUGUUGCAGAAGAUGCUGAGGAAACUGAAAGAGCAGGGGCACCGAGUACUGGUCUUCUCGCAGAUGACUAAAAUGUUGGACUUACUAGAAGAUUUCUUGGACCAUGAAGGUUAUAAGUAUGAAAGAAUUGAUGGAGGCAUCACGGGAGCACUGAGACAGGAGGCCAUUGACCGCUUCAAUGCUCCCGGUGCUUGUCAGUUUUGUUUCUUGCUCUCCACCAGAGCCGGAGGUUUAGGAAUCAACUUGGCCACAGCAGACACAGUCGUCAUCUUUGACUCUGACUGGAACCCUCACAAUGACAUACAGGCGUUCAGUCGAGCCCACCGAAUCGGGCAGGCCAACAAAGUGAUGAUCUACCGCUUUGUGACGCGAGCCAGCGUGGAGGAGCGAAUCACGCAGGUGGCCAAGAGGAAGAUGAUGUUGACCCACCUGGUGGUCCGGCCAGGCCUGGGAUCCAAAGCUGGCUCCAUGACCAAACAGGAACUGGACGACAUCCUUAAGUUUGGAACAGAAGAGCUUUUCAAGGAUGAAGGAGAAGGUAUGAAGAACAGUUCGAGGGAUAAAGCUGAGGACGAGGGCAGCGUGAUCCACUACGACAGCACUGCCAUCGAGAGGCUGCUGGACCGAAGCCAAGACGCCACGGACGACUCGGACGUCCAGAACAUGAACGAGUACCUCAGCUCCUUCAAAGUGGCCCAGUACAUGGUCCGAGAGGAGGAUAAGAUCGAGGAGAUCGAGCGGGAGAUCAUCAAACAGGAGGAGAACGUGGAUCCGGAUUACUGGGAGAAACUGUUGCGGCAUCAUUACGAGCAGCAACAGGAGGACCUGGCGAGCAAACUGGGUAAAGGCAAGAGGAACCGCAAGCCUGUCAACUACAACGAUGCAGCGCAGGAAGACCAAGAGUGGCAUGCUGACAUUUCAGAUAACCAGUCCGAGUAUUCAGUGGGCUCGGAGGAGGAGGACGAGGACUUUGAUGAUCGGCCAGAAGGUCGAAGGCAGUCGCGUCGCCAGUUGAGAAAUGAGAAGGAUAAACCUCUCCCUCCUCUUCUGGCUAGAGUGGGAGGCAACCUUGAGGUGCUGGGAUUUAACACACGCCAGCGAAAGGCUUUCCUGAACGCAGUGAUGCGCUGGGGGAUGCCCUCUCAGGACGCUUUCUCCUCACAGUGGCUGGUCAGAGAUCUCAGGGGCAAGACUGAGAAAGAAUUCAAAGCUUACGUGUCUCUCUUUAUGCGUCACCUAUGUGAGCCGGUGGCUGAUGGCGCUGAGACGUUUGCAGAUGGCGUGCCGAGGGAAGGCUUGUGUCGGCAGCCGGUCCUCACCCGAAUCGGCGUCAUGUCUCUUGUCAAGAAGAAGAUCCAGGAGUUUGAGCACAUCAACGGGCGGUGGAGUCUUCCAGAGCUCAAGCCUGAGGUCAGCCUAGACAAAACCUCCUCCAGGGCCUCCUCUCCCGCCGUGAAGACCGCCACACCCACCCCAGAUGCCAGCUAUAACAACACACCUUGCACCUCCAAGCCAGCAACCCCUGCUCCAGUAGACAAGCUAGAAAAGAACGGAAAAGAGGUAGAAAAGGAGGAGGACAAAGAGGAAGGCGAGGCUCCGUCUGACAAAGACAAAGUGAAAGAGAAGGAUGAGGGGAAAGAGGUGGAGAGCAACAGGACGGCAGACCCUGAGGAGCUUUCCUCUUCGACAAAAGAGACAUCACAAACCGCGUCUCCUAGUCAGAAAGCCGAAGGCAAAGAAGAGAGCGACCUGAAAGCGGAGAAGAAAGAAACUGACACUCCAACAGAGGAGAAAAAAGCACAGGAGGAGAGUAAGGAAGAAACAAAGCAAGACGCAGAGGUCAAAGAAGAGAAAUCAGAAGGAGAGAAGGCGGCGGAGGAGAAGGAAAAAGACAAAGAUGCUCUCACAGCAACGGAAGCGUCAGAUGGCAAGGAUAAGCCCGAGGUGGCUGAUGUGAAGAAAGAGGAAGUCAAAGGUGAAAAGGAUCCUGGGAAAGAAGUCAAAGCAGCGAAGGAGGAGGCGCCCAAGGGUAACGGGAAACCUCCCAUUGAGCGACCUCGCUUUAUGUUCAACAUCGCAGAUGGCGGCUUCACUGAGCUGCACACUCUCUGGCAGAAUGAGGAGCGGGCUGCCAUCUCCUCGGGGAAGAUGAACGAGAUCUGGCACCGCCGACACGACUUCUGGCUGCUGGCGGGAAUCGUGAUUCACGGCUACGCCCGGUGGCAGGACAUCCAGAACGAUCCCCAGUUCGCCAUCGUCAACGAGCCUUUCAAAUCGCAAGCGAAUAAAGGAAACUUCCUGGAGAUGAAGAACAAGUUCCUGGCUCGACGCUUUAAGCUGUUGGAGCAGGCGCUGGUGAUAGAGGAGCAGUUGCGACGGGCGGCCUAUCUGAACAUGACCCAGGACCCCAGCCACCCGGCCAUGGCGCUCAACGCACGCUUUGCAGAGGUGGAAUGCCUCGCGGAGUCACACCAGCACCUCAGCAAGGAGUCACUGGCGGGCAACAAGCCAGCCAACGCUGUCCUGCACAAAGUGUUGAACCAGUUGGAGGAGCUGUUGAGUGACAUGAAGGCUGACGUGACCCGGCUACCGGCCACGCUGUCCAGAGUCCCGCCCAUCGCCGCCCGCCUGCAAAUGUCCGAGAGGAGCAUCCUCAGCCGACUGGCCAGCAAGGGCACCGAGACGCACACACCCCCGCCCAUACCUCCGGGACCCUAUGCGACUCCUCAGAACUACGGAGCCCCCUUUACCCCCGCCCCCCCGAGCGCACUACACAUGGGAGGGGCCAACUACAGUCAGAUGCCGCCCGGAUCCUUCAUAUCAGAAGCCGCCGCCGCUGCUGGGGCCACCGGGGGAGCUGCAUGGGGAGCCGCCGGAGGGUCAUCCGCUGCUUGCCAGAAGACCAAGGAGCACGAUGUGGUGCAGCGGCAGCGAGUGGUGGACCUCUGGAAGGACGGCAAGUCAGAGGGGGCCAUCGGGCAGGAGCUGAGGAUGCCCAAGUCCACAGUGCACAGCAUCAUCGUCAAGUACCGGCUCAGCAACACGGUGGAGAACCUGCCGCGCAACGGGCGACCAAAGAAACCCUGAGGGGAGGAGGAGUCACACUGAGGGGAUUUGGAUAAAAGAAAUCCUGGAAUGUAACAAAAAUGGAGACUGAAAAAAAGAGUGGAAGCAGAGAAGGAGAGACGAAAACCUGAACGCAUGAAGAGGAAGUCCAAAAAGGGACCGAAGGACAGAGCACUUUGACACUGCUGGAAUGUGUGGAAUAUAAAGGGAGAAGUGAAGCACAUGGGAUGAAUCGCAUAAGGAAGGGAGGCGAAGAAAGGAGAGGACAUGAAAAGUGAAAAGAAGUGGCGGCACUUUGAUGCAAGAAAACAAGCAAUCGACUGCAGAGAGAGUGGGGGAGAGACUUUAAAAAUAAGAAGGGAGAGGUGAAAAGCUGGCCCCGAGAUCAAGCACUAAUGAUGCGUGGGGGGGAAAAUGAGGCAGAGAGACAGAAAAAAAAGAGAGAUGACCUGUCUGGAACAAACAAAUUCUCGAAUAAAAGACAAAAGGCGCUACUGAAAAAAAAAAAGCCCAAAAAUCUGACUUUGUGGAGAAAGAUGUCUGGACUAAAGAGAGGAGGGGGAAAAAGACAGUAUGUUAAUGUAAUCACAGGUUUUCAGGAAUUCAGAUAUGAAGGCUGGAAUGGAGAGAAAUGCAACAAAGGAAGAUAUUUUUUUUUUUAGUUUUUAUAACUCUUCAGACGGAUUUCUCGAGACUUCUUUUUUCUGUUUCUCCCUCUGCGGCGAAAGAGAUUUCCCCCCGGAUCAAUUCUUCAUCCGCUGGCUGACUGAACAAGCCUGUCCCCUCGCUCUGACCCUGUACUCCCUCAUUCCUCCACAGUCCUCCACUCCUCCGUCUCUCUUCCUCAGUCUCACACACACACACACACACAUAUAUACAGUAUAUAUACACUGUGGACCUCACACACAACCUAGAAACCUGCAAAGAACUUAAUUUAUCUGCUGAGUACAGAUAGAUGAAACCUAAACUCAGAAUAGGAAGGGACAAACUGGACUCAGAUAAACUUGCAAAAAUGAAAAGAAGGGGGGGAAAAAAGAGUUUUCUAAGUAUAAAACACUACUUCCCAUGGACUCUUUUGCCCUAGCAUUCCUGAGUCCAACCAAGCAUAGAAGCAAGAACCAUAGAUAUUAAAAAAAAAAACUUGGACAUUGCCUUUAGUCCAACAAUCAGUAGCAACAUUGCUCUGACUGAUUCUGAUGGACUGGUAUUGAGAUAUGUACUGUAUUACAAAGCAUAUUUACUAUUGCACCUUUUUCUUAGGGGUCACUUAAAGGGAAAUAUCACUCUGUUUCCUGUUUUUAAGCCUCAUCACAGUAAAAAUCAGUAUUUAUGAGCGGCUCUUCCCCAAAGCUGAACACUGUAAUCCCUCAUUGAAAGAAAAAGGGAGACUCACUUUGAAGCCCAAAGAGAAAUUUUUUUUGUUCCUUAAGCUUCUUUAUUGUGACAGUGUGAUGGAUUCCACGCUGGAAAAUGUCCCCCGAUCCCCGAGAAAAUAAAACACUCUGGACUGUGUCAUCGUUUUUCCAGCUCGGUGUGUGUGCAGUAGAGCUGUAUCAGUGUGACAUCCCAGACUAAAGAGCAGGACAAAUUCCUCUGCCUCGUUUCUGGAAGGAAGAGAGGUGAACAGUUACACAGUCCCAUCUGUUCUACAACAUAGGAGUAUUUUUAAGCUAAAAUUGAGUGGUAUUUCCCUUUAAGCUAAGGACUUAAAAAGACCAGAGGAGUUUGGCAGUGGUGCGGCCUGCAAUGAGAACUCUACUGUACGUGUGGAGGUUGAGGAAUGCUGUAUGUGUGUGCAUGGUAGCACUGCCAUUUUUAUCAAAACUAGGUUGUUUUUUUCAAAAUAUGUGCAAAUAUGAUACCUGAGUUUAUUCACUAAUUCCAAAACAACACAGUUUUGGAUUACUUACUUUCAGGAAGGUAUGAAUGUUUUUCUACCAAACCCCAAAGUUUUUUGUAUUUCUCAAUAAGCUAAACGUCUCAAAUGCUAAAUAUUGUCUUGUCCAAGCAAACGUCCAAGAAUUUUUAAAUAUGUUAGCAAAAGUAUAACCUAAAAGCUGCACUAAUCAAUACUUUUAUAUUAACAAUGGAUGAAUUUAGUUUGUGGAUCGUGAAAGGAGUCACUCAUGGUGAGACUCUGCAGUUUCUCUCGUUCAGCUCGUCUGAACGUUUAAGCAUAUUUCAGAUCACAACUUUACUGUUUUGCUUCAGUCUCAACGCUCUCUUCAACAUCAUUUCCAGCUGCAGGCAGCUGUUUUCAGUGAAAAAGCUCUGAUAAACCCACUGUACACUACUUGCCCAGCACCAAACAUAUAUAGCGACUAGCUGGUGAGCAUAGUGGAACAUUUAGUAGCUGAAGAGCCAGAUAAUUCCUUCAGGAGUUGGUGGAGGCCAAAACUGAACUAAAAGGACUCAUAAGGUGGUCGGAAACACUCCAAAUGAAUUCUAAUGUUGCUCUGCUGGGUCUGUAAAGAGGCAACUAUUUGCUAACUUUAAUAAGGUGACUUUAUAAAUGUUGCGCUACCCCCAAGUGCUCAAAAAAUCUAUUAAUGCAGGUUUAAAUCCAGAAAUAUGAAAAGAAUAAGUAACCAGGACGAAUCUGACCAAGCAUUUUAUGCCAAUUUUCAACACUUUACAGUUUUCAAUACUCACACUUCACUUUUAAAUCUGUUUGCAAGAAAGUAUUGAUGUGUGCACGCAAACAGAGGAGCAUAAACAUGCAUGCAAAUUACUUUUUUAGCAGUGAAAUCUUUGAUGUUACAUCCAAACUCUUGCAACACAUGGGUUUAUGGAACUGUUUUCAAGUCUCAGUUGGACCGACUCUUAAUUCUAAAAUCAAGCCUGAGCUUAGUUCCUGAACAGUUGACAGUUCAGAGACAGAAGGUUGUUUCUGAUGAAAGGUUUUGGCAUAGAUACACUCACGCAAAGCUUUUCAGCAAGCAAAAAUGCUGCGUUUCCUGCCAAGAUGGCAGCGUUCACUUCUAUCAGAUAGUAGGCAGGACCUACAGGGGAGAGACACAGGCUGUCAUGUCGGCCAGGAAUGUAUUUUAUUGCCUCUCUGGACUCGAGAAGCUCCAUCCAGUGCACUCCCAGACUUUUAGCCCUCAUAGACAAAUAAAACGGUUUAAGUUUUACGAAUUCUUAGAGAUAUGAGUUUAUCACAUUUUUACUGUAACUACAAAUAUCACUGCCAAACUAAUUUGGGACACAAAGAUGUUUAUCUUUAACAAUGUCUGCUGCUACUGUGAAGCUGCAGGCAGGCUUUAGAGAGCGAGGGAUUUAAAUGAAGAAAGGGGAGGAGGACGGACGGAGGUGAAGGAUCGCAGACUUAAAUGUACAAUGUUGGACGCCGCAGAGGGAAUCUGUUAUUUGGUGUGAUACAAGUGCUUCACUGGAUUCCUCCUCCUGUUUUAUCAUAACAGCUUCUUUACCUUUAUCUUGUAUGCCCAACUGGUGCUGGAUUUUUGUGAGGCCAAUACCGAUAUCGAUAUUCAAAGUUAUACUCCUUAAGAGUCUGCUACACCCCGGUUACUGGUGAUAACACCAAGUGUGGUUUAAUACUACGGCAAGCCCUCCUACUCAGUCAGACAUUCCACAGAAAGCAACUGGUAUAUCUGUUUACAGUGCAGCCAAACAAACUCACAUUUUAAUAACAGUUGCAGUCAGCACUAUCCUCUGUGACAAAUGCACUGUGUUUCAUGUGACUGCUCCACAAUAAAAGCCAACCCUGUGUUCACUAGUGGAACGCUUUUAAUGUGAAACAGCAGCAGUAGGAAAUAUUGGAUUAUAGUUGAGGGUAAGAGAGUAAAGAGUAAACAGUGAGGCUCAUAUCAGUGAGAUGAAAAUAAAAACAGUCACACUGGAUUACGUGCUACAUCGCUUCAGCCUGGGAAUGGCGUACUCCGCCAUCGUAUACUUUGAAGGGCAAUUACUGAAAGAAACGCGGAUCAAAAAUCCUAAGAAUUCAAAUUUUAAGACGUUUUAAGAAUCUGAUAAAAAAAAGUAUUUCUUUUUUUUAGAUAAAAGCAUAACAAAAACUUUUAAUAAGGAUCCUUUAACUUGGAACAAUUAUAAAAUAGAUAUGUCCUGAGCAGGACUUUUUACACUUGACAAAUAUACUUGUGAGCGCUCUCUGGUGGACAAAGUGUUACUAUCAUGUUUAGCAUUUCUAUACUGCAGUUUCUCGCUGUAUCGGUCUGGAUCUAUUUUGUUAUUCUUUCUCCUUUCAGAACAAUCUACAGUUUUUUUUUAUUCAUCUUUCUUUUCCACUUCUCUCUGUCCUGCUCCUGCACCCAUAAUUCCUCUUGCUCUUUCACCCAGUCUUUACCUCGAUUUGUUUUGCUUCUUAUCAGAUUUUGUCUGCCCCCCCUUGCACUCACACGCA